UUGAUCUCAAUCACUAUCACUUAGGGGCCGUGAACAGCUUGGUUUGUAUUGUUCCAACAUGACGAACCUACAAGCCGAUGACUCAAAUGCAAACGCUGUCGAACGGGAAGAGAACACACCAGCUGCAGAACGGAGUGGGGGGCAGAGGCUUGACCGGACUGAAGAUGGCCAGAAGAUAAGGAUCGAGGAGGGUGGAGGAGAACAGGAGCAGGAUGAAGACCCCGCUACGGCCGUGCAGAAUCCUGCCAGUGCAGCCAGCACGAAGAAGGUUUUCGGAAUAAAGAGAUCAAAUCCCUCAGCUAGGAAAGGAAACGAUCCGUACAACUAUGAAGAGAAAUACCCCGAAGAUGCUGCCUACGAAGAAGCAGCACCAAACGCGAGGGUUUGGAGAACAUACGAAGACGAAAGUAGGAUUCACGAUAGCAACAUGGUCGAAGAAUCACGAGAUAAUGUCGACGUAUUGCUCGUAUUUGCGGGUCUUUUCUCUGCGGUUGUCACGACAUUUAUAGCCCAGACAUACCAAAACUUGCAGCCAGACUAUGCCGCCAUGUCGGCGUCUCUACUCUACGAAUCGGUCCUUGUUCAACGUGCUAUUGCCAACGGUUCCCCGGUCGACACCAUCGCUCCUUCUUCCCUCAAUCCCACCAUUGCUUUUGUUCCCGCUACCACGGACGUCUGGGUGAAUGGGCUCUGGUUCAUGAGCCUGUUCGUAAGCCUGACGACUGCACUCGUUGCGGUUCUCGUGAAACAGUGGCUGCACCAUUAUGUUGCCCUCCCUUCGGGAACAGCACGCGACCGCAGUUUUACUCGUCAGUUCCGGUAUGCCGGGUUUCAAAAGUGGCAUGUCCAGGUCAUCAUAGGACUACUCCCUGUCCUUAUGCAUCUCGCUCUCGCCAUAUUUCUCAGCGGUUUGGUGAUUUUCCUCCAUCCGCUC